AUCACUAUGUCGAUAUUUUAUGGGAUAGGCGAAAGACAAGAAAUGUAAACGCGUUUGUUUUCAUAUUUGUUGCUUGUUACCAAUUGCCUUAUGCAUUCAGGAUAAUCACAUGUGCCUCUUUUCGAAAAUUCACUGUUAUUGUUUGACAUGACUUUGGAAGAUCCAUUUUAUGUUGUGAAAGAUGAGGUGUUCCGAGCACUGAACAAGACACGCGGCUUGUACCUCCGUUGGCAGGAGCUGUCCAACUCCCCCAUACUUCCCAACAGCGCUGAAGUGGAAUGGACUUCUAUAGAAUUAAGGAAUGCACUCCGUAGUAUCGAGUGGGACUUGGAAGAUUUAGAAGACACUAUAAGUAUCGCAGAGAAGAAUUCUUCAAAGUUUAAAAUCGACAAUAAAGAAAUUUGUGAUCGACGCAGCUUCAUAGAAGCAACAAAACAAGAAGUGAAGUUGAUGAAAAAUAAGAUGAGCAUAAACCGAAACCGCGACAGUGACGGUACAGCGCGCGAGCCACUACUACGAGACGGGAGCCCCACGUCGUUCAGAAACAUGAAUUGGUCAUCGACUCCCAAGUAUUCGCAGUACUCGAAGCUCGCCUCGCAAACGGAUAGCCCCAAUAGAUUUGACAACUUCGACAAUGACAUGCUGAAAGAGAGCAUGAUGAUGAGCCAAGAUGAACAGUUGGCGAUGAUCAACAACUCGGUCGGAUCGCUGAAGACGGUCUCCACUCAUAUCGGCAUGGAGCUGGAUGAGCAGGCGAUGAUGCUCGACGAUUUGAACUCGGAACUUGAAAAUACAGACUCGAAAUUAUACACAACAGUGGUUAAGAUAUCGAAGGUUCUUCAUAUAAAUAACGAUGGACGACAAUGGUUCGCAAUCAUCCUGCUGCUGUGUAUUUUAGUGGUUAUAUUGGUGUUGUUUAUUAUUUUAUAAUUCCCAUAAAUCAAUUAGUGCAAUUAUAGCUAUAGAUGUCGCGUAUUUGUAUCGGACUAAGUGUUGUAGAUAUCGUUCUUGGUUCGCUUUCAUUUAGCAAUAAGUAAGGAUAAUGAGAAAUUUAUUUUGUUAUGUAUGUUGAUGUACAGGUUACGGUAGCGUUAGGUAAGGCGAUGCCGCCAUGAGCGACUUUCUUACUGCGGCAUUUUGACUUAAUUGGAAAUAUUGUUUAUUAGAUGUAUGAAUAAAUUAAUGUGUAAACUGAAAAAAAAAAAAUACUCAAACACACCAAAUAAUAUUGAAUCAUCGAUUUAUAAAGCGCUUUUUGGCAAAAAAAUUAUAAUAACGAAUCCAUUCCAAUAAACAUUCUAUAGGUGAUAAUCAUCGAUGGAAUAAUCGUACAGAUAGUUCAUCGCAAAUUUUAAAUAUAUUUUCACAAAUGGAAAUAAAAUUUGUUAAACGAAAUGGCGUGGUAAGAUAAUUAAUUAAUCAUACGCGUGAACCUCAGCUUUUAAUGCAUUGUUUUUCUUGCCUCAAUAACAAUAGGGCUCUGAUGUUAUGGAACCAAAGCAUUGAUUAUUUAGUCGUUUAAUAUUUUUUACGUGACUAUGUUAUUUUUGUGAUUGUUGUAUAGUUAGCUAUUUUGUUAUAAUCAUCAUAAUUAUACCAAAUUUUCGAGUAGAUAUUAUGUUUUGUUUUUUUUUUGUUGUUUUCGUAAUCAACAAGGAACUCUUAUAGUUUCGCUAUGUACGUCUGUAAAUCUAUGUGUCCGCGGUUUAGCUCAAAAUCUUUUGGUACUGAAGAGUUGAAGAAUUUGGCGUAGUAUGCACCUUGAUCACGCUUGAUCACGCCGAAAAAGUGGUGAAUCAAAAGCUUGAAAAUUAUGUUUUCUAUUGUACCUCCGCUACGUGUAAAGUGGGGGAUGAUAAUUUUAUACCCAUAGUGUGAGGUGUCGUUGGAUAUUUCAAAAAUAUAGGCUGUGGGAACAUCGUUUCGAUUUUGUAAACCGUUCGUGAAUGUUUUAAAAGGUCAAUUUUCUUUAGACUCGAGACGUAUUCCUCCCUCGUUACUCACUAAACAGUUGCUGUCAGCAAUUCAAACGCCACGGCAAUAGUACAUAUCGAAGUUUAAAGAAAAACUGUCACACAUAAGUGGGCUUUACAAGAUUGCGAGUAUCUAGUAGUCGACCCAUUGUAUUUGUUACAAAAUUUGUAAAAACCGACUCUCUUACUAUGCACGUGGCCCCUCUUAACCGGUUGUUUGUAGUGUGGGAGUGGUAACAAGUAAAAAGUAUGCUUAUAUUUUAUUUAAGAUAAGUAAUGGUGGGAGUUAUGUUCGGAUAUUUUGACCUGUCUUUGAUUCAUAAUAUUAAUGUGCUUGGAGGAAUCAAUUAUACUUCAACGAUAUUAAUGAAUGUUAAUUUUUUAUUCGGGCCUGUGGACAUUUCUUUCGCAGUUCGAUUUUAAUGAAAUCAUUGCAAUUUAUAACUUAUUAAGCAAUUUUUAAGAGUUAUUAUUGAAAAUCAUACGUUACCGAAUACGAAGAUAGGUGUAAAGUAAGCGGUUUAAGAUAUCAAAGUAAGCCUUAAAAUCAUAAUAAAUUCAAUUUUCGAAACAAAAA